GUAACUUCCGCACACAAAUUAUUAAAACCCCUCCAGAUGCCGACUCUUCCGAUAAAAUCACCAAUGUCUUCACCAGUCAUUGUAAGCUGUAAAGCGACUCAAGCGCAAAACCACGACACCGGUGGUAUUUACCUGAUAAUGUGAAAAAUUGCUCAGAUUACAGAACAAUUACAAAUUAACUAAAAGAGUUCAAAGGUGUCGAAUCAACCUAACUCUCAAGUAGUUUUCUGAAACAGCAAAACCUGCAACCAUGGCGGUAGAAGAGAAUGGACUGAUCAAUGCGAAACUAAAUGCAGAAACAGGGAGCACCAUCAUCUCACCAGUUAUCAGAAACUCCAUGGUUAAGUCCAUGCCAAUAACAAUUCAUGUGAGAAAUUUCUGCAAUAAUGAUCGGAAAGAAGAACUACAUGAACAACUAAAAAUCCAACAUAAAAAGUUCUUGGAAAAACUUGAAAUAAUCACAGAUUACACAUCCAUUGCAAGAGAGCACAUUUACCUCUACCAGAUAUUUACGGAGCUUUGGAUAACUGAUGAUGAAUAUAACAAGCUUUAUAAAGAGCAUGAGGUGAUAGAAAUUGAAUCAUCCUCCUCUACAUCUGGCAAGCCAUAUUUUAACUCAAUGAAAUGCAAGGAUAUUUUCAGACCUAUUGAAGGGCAACGGCAACUGAGAGUGGUCAUUACCAAAGGGAUUGCAGGCAUUGGGAAGACAAUUUAUGUAAAGAAAUUCCUCCUUGAUUGGGCAAUGAUGAAAGCACACCAGGAGUAUGACUUUGUGUUUGCCUUUCAAUUUUGUGAACUCAAUCUAAUGUCUGAGGAAAGGUUGAGUCUUUUGCAGUUAGUGCAACAACAUUACCCACACAUGAAGCAACUGAGUGAGACAUAUCUGGAGAAUUCUGCCCGCUGUCUGUUUAUUUUUGAUGGGUUGGAUGAAAGUCGUUUUCCCUUGGAGUUUGAAAAAACCCCAGUAUGUUCUGAUGUAGCAAAGCAUUUGCCUCUUCAGUCGCUUUUGAUAAAUCUCAUUAAAGGCAACCUCCUUCCUUUAGCAUCCAUUUGGAUAACAACACGUCCAAGAGCAAUGAACCAAAUCCCAUCUUCUUGCAUUGAUAGAGUGACAGAACUACAGGGAUUCCGAGAUAAAGAAAAGGAAGAAUAUUUCAUGAGAAAAUGUAAUGAUGAGCAUCUGACAAAGAAAAUUAUAGCUCUGAUAAGGAAGAAAAGUAAUCUUUGGGUGAUGUGCUAUGUGCCUGCUUUCUGCUGGAUCUUGGCCACUGUUCUGGAACAUGUUUUCAAGUCAUAUUGUGCUGAAGAAUUUAGAAUGGACACAAUAACUGAGAUAUAUACCUACUUUGUAGUUGUCAUGGUUACAUACCACCACCAGCAUCGUGGUCAUGGAAAGGAAAAGACUGAGAAAACAUUUCUGUUGUUGCAGUCUGAUCGGGUGGCACUCCUAAACCUGGGAAAGCUUGCAUUUCAGUAUCUAAAGUCUCAAAAAUUUGUGUUUUAUGAGGAAGAUUUAAAAUCCUUCAAUGUUGAUAUUUCAUCCAUCUUUGGUGUAUUCUGUAGAGAAUAUUAUAUUGAGUAUACUGCUCUCUCCCAUAAACGUGCCUAUUCUUUUGUUCAUAGUACAGUCCAAGAAUACUUUGCUGCUCUCUAUAUUUUUGUCUCCUAUCACAAUGAGAAGUGCAACUUAAUGUCAUACAGCAUACUGGACUGGAUUUGGGAAAUCUUUACAAAGCCCACCUUAUUUCAGGUUUGUAAAAGUGCCUGCAAUGAGGUAGUUCAAAGUCAGACUGGCCACUUGGAUUUCUUUCUACAAUUUCUUUGUGGGUUAGGAAAGAAAAAGAUUCAGAAGUGCCUACAAGGUCUUCUCACACACAUGCAAGAAUGGGAAGAUGAUUUACAGAAAACCAGUAACUACAUAAAGGAACUGCUGCAUCAGGACAUCCAUCCAGAAAGGUGCAUCAACUUAUUUCACUGCCUGACUGAGCUGAAUGACAAGUCAGUCAUGAGAGAGAUCAUUAGCUCCAUCCAGCAUGGAGUGCUGAGCUCCAAAAAACUGUCACUUGCUGAUUAUUCAGCAUUGGCCUUCGUUCUAAAGACGACUGAUAUUGACAAGGAAGAAUUUGAUUUAUCUAAAUAUAGAACAUCAGCAGGUGGCUUGAAAAGACUAUCACCAGUUGUUAAAUAUUUUGAAAAAAUAAUGUUAAGAGGCAGUGUUAUGGAUGAGGAAAUGAUUAGUGCCAUCAGUGCUCUCCUGCUCUCUGUUGAAAAUGAAAUCAAGGAGUUAUGCUUGAUAAAUAACACAAUGCAAGAUUUGGGCCUGAAAAAAUUGUCUGGUGCACUGAUGAGCUCAAGAUGCAGGCUAGAGACACUAAUCCUAAGAAGAAAUUACCUCACUGAACAGUGCAGCGAAGACUUGGUUUUGAUUUUAAGGACAAAUCGGAUUCUGAAAAAGUUAGACCUGAAAUAUAACCAACUGAAAGAUACAGGAGUGAAGCAACUUUCUGCUGCAUUGAAGGACUCUGAUUGUGAGAUUGAGACUUUGGGGUUAUGGGGUAAUGGUUUUACAUACUGCUGCUGUGAGGAGCUGGCUCUUGCCCUUAAAAUUAACCAAUCAUUGAGAAACCUGGAUCUUGGUGACAAUACCAUUGGUGACCGUGGAUUGAAACUACUGUGCCAUGCGAUUAAGGAUGAUGGCUGUAAAUUAGAAAAGUUAGAAUUACACAAAACUGGUUUAACAGAGAACUGCUGUGAAGAACUUGUUUUGCUUCUCAGAACAAGUCAGAGACUGAUAACUUUGGAGCUGGGUUACAACAAUCUUGGAGAUGUAGGUGUACAGCGACUAUCUGAAGCACUGAAAGAUCCCAACUGUAAAUUACAAAGACUUGGUCUGUAUCGCAACAACCUAACAAGUGCAUGCUGCCCAGAUCUUGCAAGUGGCCUCAUAGCUAGCUCGACACUGACUGAGCUCAACUUGACUGGUAACAACCUGCAAGAUUUGGGAGUGAAGUUACUCUUUUCAACCCUGAAAGAUACGCAUUGUCCUAUGCAGGUCAUCAGCUUAAAAGACAAUGGUCUGACUGCUGCUUGUUGUGAGGAUAUUCUUUCUGCCUUGAGAGUGAACUGUACUCUUAGAGUGCUGAAUCUCCAAUUAAACAACUUAGGAUCAGCAAUUAACUUACAGUGCAUUGCACAACAAUCCAAUUGCCAAAUUAACUUAAAAUAAAAAAACAGCUUCAUUCUGAUUGAUGUCUAUGUACAUCAACACUAUAUCCACUAGAGGACAGCGUAUAUGCUACAUAUAUCUGCUGAAGCAACGGAACAUGCACAAUGUAAUGGUACUGCACAAGGAAAUAAAAAAUGUAGAUAAAAAUAAAUGCUGUAGAAGGAUAUGGAAAAUACACAUAACACUAUAUAUCAAAGAAAUUAAUGUUUCAAAUAACGUACUGUAUAAUAUGUAACUAUAGAGCAAAGUGCACUCCAAGAAGCACAAAAUAUUUGGAUGGAUAUUUUAUACAGAAGAUUACAUUCUGAAUAGAAACUUACACUGUGAAAUUAAUAUUGAAAAUUGA